GUCCUUGCUUUCUCAAGAACAACUCGCAUCCAUGAAUAGGAUUUAUAUCCAGACUCCUCAGCCUCAGUGCAGCAACUACACCCCACUACCCCCCAAACUUCGACAAGACAGAUCCGGCCACGGGGCCACCCGCGUCAACACGUCGACUCCCCACUCUCAUACAACAUGCGAUCCGCUUUAGGCAGCACCCACGGCCUUUGGGCUGGGUGGCUCCUCGCUGCGCUUUCUGGCAUCGCGACGGCGCACUCAUGGCCCGAGCAAACCGUCCGUCUAGCACCCAACGGCACUAUGGUCGGCAAGCCGGGCUUCGACAGAGCGCAUGUCGACCGCGCCCUCCCGACGCAGGAUGUCUACCAGUUACCACCGCCCGGCGGCAGAACGGUUAUCCUUCCAGACGACAAGAUCGUGAAGCCAGCCAAGUGGCAGUUGACCAAUUCGAGCUACAGCGACAAGUUUCCCAUGUUACAGGUCGCCCCGGGUGACUUCGUCGCUAUCCUCUACACCGAGAACGGCCAUGUCACCCGCGCCGACAUGACCAACCCGACGAAGCCCGUCAACCGCGGCACCGUCUAUCUCUACGGGACCACGAACAACGACCUGUCCAACACGAACCUCCUGGAUGUCCACCUGAAAUGGACCGCCGACGGCAAAGGCGGAGACGGAAAGGGCAAGCUGCUCGCGACCCGGCAUUUCGACGACGGCCAGUGCCAUGAGGCUGUCCCCGUUACUGGCGAUCCUGAAGGCAUCUCUACCUACCGCAAGCAGUUCAUCAGCAAGGCAGACACCCUUAUUUGCCAGUCCGACCUCCAGAUCCCCCUCGACAUGGCCGUCGGCCAGACUCUGACGGUCAUCUGGGUCUGGGAUUGGCCCACCAUGAAUGUCCAGGGGGUUGCCGUGCCUCCGGCGAGCUACCAGAGCAACUCGUCGACCGCGCAGGGCAACGCGUCGCAGCCCUACGUUGCCAUGCCGGAGCUCUACACGGGCGUUCUGGACUACAAGAUUGUGGACCCCUGCAGCGAAAGCCUCGGUGAGGUGAAGGGGCCAACCUGCAAAAACCAAAACGGCAAGUUCGUUGUUCAGUUUGCAUCGCAGGCCGCGACAACCAGGGGCAUCGUGGAGCAAAUGCUCAACCCCUUCCUGGUCAAAGUGCCCCAGGCGGGCUUCCAGAUUGCCAGCGCGACCGCCGAUCCAAGCAACAACAUCCCCCUGCAUCCCCUGAUCGGAGUGAUGUCCAGCCACGCGUUUCCGCUUCCCUCAUCGGUUCUGACACCGCAAAUGGACCUAUUCCAAGCCACCGCAAUGACGGCCACCGCAACCGCUACCGCUACCGCAGCCGCAACCACAGCGGCAACAACGCCACCUUCCGAAUCCUCCUCCUCCACACCCACCGCGACCUCCGCCGGAACUUCCGGGCAGGGUGGUGACGCAGGCGGAGCGGUGGCGGUGAUCACCGUGUCGGUCACGGUGCCGGUGACCAUGGUGACCGUCACCGUCACCGCCGGCCCGGCUCAAAGCAGCAGCGCCGACGCCGGCGCGGGGACCACCACCGAGACCAAAACCGAGACUGAGACCGCCACCUUCUUCUCCUCCUCUUCUUCUUCGCCUCCCCCGACUGUCACGCAGUUCCUGCCUAGCUCGAGGCUGGUGCGGGUCCGGGGCGGUGCGUAUCGGUGAAUCGAGCGAGGGUGGAAUGAACGAGCGGCGAGGGGUCGUCGGCCAGAACCCUGCCCCUGAGCAAUUUGAACGGGACUAGUAGAUUAGAAUAGCUGAUGGCGCCGGUGACUUGGACGACAGACAGGAUGUGGUGGGAGAUGAUA